UGGUUGCGGGAGACGGCGGCGCGUGGUGCCGGUGCCUGUGUCGGGCGGGCGCCGCGGCCAUGGCCGCGGGCAGCGGGAAGGGCCGCGGCCGCCGCUGCUUUGUCCCACAUUCCGGGGCGCGGCUGGCGGGCGGGCGCUGAGGAGCCGGCGGGCAUGGCCUCCCCGUCCGACAGCGAGCAGCGGGCUCUGCGAGAGCGGGUAGCGGCACUGGAGGCGGACCUGGGCUCCUGCAGCGAGCAGCUGCGGCGGGCGCGGCGGCGUCUCCGCCGCACCGAGCGCCUCUACAGCGAGGCCCGGCAGGAUAGUGAGGCGCUGAGGAGGCAGGUUGAGAAACUCACUAAGGAAAUCCAUAACAGGGAGGUGAAAGCUACGUCUAGCGUAGAAGUACAGACAGAAGACUGUACUGCAUGGUCACAAGGAGAUUAUUAUUACUAUGAAAGUUAUUACAAUUGCACUGAUCCUCAAGACUGUGCAUCUGAAGUGCCAGUACAGCACAAUCACGGGACUGAAGGCACGGAGCACAAUUCCACAGAGGAAUUACAGACAGGACUUGAUCUUCCAUUAAGAGUGGAUAGCACCAAGGUUGCUGAAGGUGGAGGAGAGGACAAUUGCGUCCAGAAUUCACAGGAAGCAAAAGAUACUUCAGCACCAGAAGGAUCUUUGGCAGAGAGCUUGAGAGCUGCUGCAGAAGCUGCUGUUUCACAAACUGGAUUUAUUUACGAUGAAAAUACAGGAAUGUAUUAUGACCAUAGCACUAGAUUCUACUAUGACUCGGAAAAUCAACUGUAUUAUGAUCCAGCGACUGGAAUUUAUUAUUACUGUGAUGUGGAAAGUGGCCGAUACCAGUUUCAUUCACGAGUGGAUCUGCAGUCUUAUCAGGCCUCUGGUACUCAGUACACCAAGGAUAAAAAAGGGAAAAAUAAGAGAAAAGAAAGAAAGCGGGUUACUGCAGAUGAGUAUAAGGAUCUGGACACAGAAGAACAGAAACCAUCUAAUAGUCUGAAUUGCUUUUCCACUACUGAGCAGGUAAGUUCUACUGAAGAAGAAGAGUCUCCAAAUCUAAGAAAGAAGACUAAAACGGACAAAAAGCCACGAAACAGUCUAACAGCCAAAGAAUCGUUUUCUACAGAGAGUAUAAAUUCACACUCACACAAAAGUACACCAGAUACUGCAGCAUAUACAGAUGACAGUAGAACAGCAGACACAGAGAGCGAACCAGAAGAAGGAGAAAUUACAGAUUCUGAGUGUGAAGCCUACAGCAGUGAGUAUGAAGUAACAAGUGAAGAAACUGCUGAUUCAGAAGACUCGGAAAAUGAAGAUAAAGAAAAGAUAUGGCCUCCUUGUAUCAGAGUAAUUGUAAUAAGAUCACCAGUUCUACAGACUGGAUCACUUUAUAUUAUUACAGCUGUGAAACCUGCUACAAUUGGAAGAGAAAAAGAUGUUGGACAUACACUUCAGAUUCCUGAAGUUGGAGUCAGUAAGUUCCAUGCAGAGGUAUAUUUUGACCACAGUUUGGAAAGUUAUGUUCUUGUGGAUCAAGGCAGUCAGAAUGGAACAGUUGUUAAUGGAAAUCAGAUUCUUCAGCCUAAAACAAAAUCUGAUCCCUACAUCUUGAGGCAUGGAGAUGAAGUGAAGAUCGGUGAAACUGUCCUUUCUUUUCAUAUACAUCCUGGCAGUGGCACUUGUGAUGGAUGUGAACCAGGACAAGUCAGAGCACAUCUUCGUCUGGACAAGAAAAAGGAGUCUGCUGUUUGCCCAGCACUUAGCAAAGAAGAGAGAGAGUUAGUCAGAAGAAAAGCAUUAAAGCAAAUACGGGUAAAAUAUGGCUUACAGAACACAAAGUACGAAGAGAACAAAGCAGUCAAGAAUCCAAAAUACAAAGACAGAGCAGGAAGACGCAGAGAGACCGUUGGAAGUGAAGGAACCUUCCAGAGAGACGAUAUUCCAGCUUCUGUUCAUACUGAAAUCAGCAACAGCAAUAAAGGAUAUAAAAUGCUGGAAAAGAUGGGAUGGAAGAAAGGGGAAGGCCUGGGCAAGGAUGGUGUUGGUAUGCAGGAUCCGCUCCAACUUCAGGUACACAAGACACAUGCAGGUUUGGGUACCACUAGACCAGCUUCAAUUGAAGAUGUUCAGAUGAUCCAGAGCAUGAAUAAGAAGAACUGGGAUAAAGCAAGAGAAAGGUUUGCUGAAAACUUCCAAGAACCUAAAUCACAAAAGGAUACACUAAAGAUUACACCUUGGGUUAGAGAGACAGUAGAGUAAAGUAUCUGGUCCCACAGCAGGGUAGUUCCUGUGUGUAAAUAGUUGGGAGAGAAUUUAUUUUUAUUCUUUUUCUUUUGCUAAAGCAGUUUGGUGAUAUGUAACAUACACUUGUGAACAAAAAUUACCAACUCUGUGUUUACUGUAGUCCUUCAUGCUUUUAUAAAAACACAUUUUUAAUAAGAAAUGAGUGGAAUUUAAGGGGAUAUUCAAAUUUAAGUACUUGAAAGUGAUUCUCAUCAUGAGCACGAAGUUUCUUCAGUUGUGAUUUUAACAGCAUUCUUCAUGGAAAGAAAACAUCUGUUAAAUAUGACACCUUUAGUGUUUGAACAGUAGUUUAAAAGCAAAAUGCAACAAACAAACAAAAAACCAAAAUCCCCUGGACCUCUACUUACAGAGUAUCUUGUUGCCAUUUCCUUUUUUCUGUGUUUAUUCAUGAUUGUCAUGAUUGCUCUUUGCUCAGCAAGGGGUACAACCCUCUUCAGUUUAUACAGUUCAGUACUAGCUAUAUGCCUCAGCUUACCUUAGGGGAGGAAAAAUCUUGGGUAUUAAAUGAAUAAUCAUUACUGUUCAAAAAUAAAUACUAUAUUCCAUGAAAUAAACUACCAGCAUUGGUGAAGAAACAAUGUUCAGAGACAGCUUGUGGGAUAAUUUUCUUCUGUGAAGAACGUUAGAGAUUUGUUCAGUAAAUCUGUAUCAUACCUUUAAAAGAGGAGGUAUGUUUAGAAAACUGGUGUCUGUGUGUAUUAUUUAUUAACUUCUUGUUCUGAUAUAUCCAUUGCUGGCAAUGGAGUUUAUGCCAGAAAAAACAAACCCAACCACAACCCAUUUUUGGUGGGGAAGGAUUGCCAAAUAGAAACUAAAAGCUUGGUAUUUACUGAAUGUUCCUAAAUACAAUAAAUCUUCAUCAAUUUAA